GGUGGUAGUGGGUGCCCGUCACAGGGCUGGAGGUGUGGCCGGCCCACUGGGUUGGUGGUGGUGGGUGCCCGUCACAGGGCUGGAGGUGUGGCUGGCCCACUGGGUUGUUGGUGGUCCUGAGUGCCCGUCACAGGGCUGGAGGUGUGGCCGGCCCACUGGGUUGGUGGUGGUGGGUGCCCGUCACAGGGCUGGAGGUGUGGCCGGCCCACUGGGUUGGUGGUGGUGGGUGCCCGUCACAGGGCUGGAGGUGUGGCCGGCCCACUGGGUUGGUGGUGGUGGGUGCCCGUCACAGGGCUGGAGGUGUGGCCGGCCCAGUGGGUUGUGUUUUCUGGACUACGUCCCUUCCCACGAGGAUGAGAUGACCCUUCUGUUACAUCCCGGCUGCUGAUAAAACAAGACUCUCGGAGCCAAGAAACAACACUGAGGUCCUGUGGGAAGUGCAGCCCACGUGUUACUCAGGUGAAGGCAGCGUCCCCACCCAGCCUGAGGACUCCACACAGGGUGGACGCCCAACCCUCGCUGGGCCGCUCACUGGGGAGAGGCUUGGACGCCCCCUUGGAGUGCAGUCCCGACAUCCCGUACCUGCCUCAUGUCCUUGGCAUUCUCGGGCCCCGGUCGUGGUGUGGGAGUGGCUGCCUGUGCACACCACGGGCCUCCAGCUUCACGGCCUCAACGGGGCCACGAGCCAUCGCCGGGUCAGGCGGGGGUGCCGGGCACCUCAUCACUAGGGCAGUGACAUCACAAGGCGCAGAAGGCGGUGGUGGCUACGGAACUCCAUGCCCGGGCUGUUUCUGUGGUGCCUGUGGGCUCUGGGCUCCCACCUCCAUGGGGCUGCAGGAGCCGUGAGGGACGAGAAGGGACGCGCCCGCCAUGGCUGAGGGCGGCGAGCUGAUGAGCCGGCUUCUGAGCGAGAACGCAGACCUGAAGAAGCAGGUGCGCCUCCUGAAGGAGAAUCAGAUGCUGCGGCGGCUGCUCAGCCAGAGCUGCCAGGAGGGCAGUGGCCACGACCUGCUCCCACCCAGGGCCCCCGCCUACCCCGAGGCCGGCUCCCCCGGGAGUGGAGUUCCGGAUUUCGGAAGGUUCACGAGUGUUGCCGACACGCCCUCCCAGCUGCAGACAUCCUCCCUGGAGGACCUGCUGUGCUCACAUGCCCCCCUGUCCAGCGAGGACGACACCUCCCCAGGCUGCGCAGCCCCCUCCCAGUCACCCUUCAAGGCCUUCCUCAGUCCCCCGGAGCUGCACAGCCACCGAGGCACCGACAGGAAGCUGUCCCCGCUCCUGAGCCCCUUGCAAGAGUCACUGGUGGACAAGACCCUGCUGGAGCCCAGGGAGAUGGUCCGGCCUAAGAAGGUGUGCUUCUCGGAGAGCAGCCUGCCCACCGGGGACAGGACCAGGAGGAGCUACUACCUCAAUGAGAUCCAGAGCUUCGCGGGCGCCGAGAAGGACGCGCGCGUGGUGGGCGAGAUCGCCUUCCAGCUGGACCGCCGCAUCCUGGCCUACGUGUUUCCGGGCGUGACGCGGCUCUACGGCUUCACGGUGGCCAACAUCCCCGAGAAGAUCAAGCAGACCUCCAUCAAGUCCCUGGACGGCUCCGUGGACGAGAAGAAGCUGCGCGAGCUGACGCAGCGCUACCUGGCCUUGAGCGCGCGCCUGGAGAAGCUGGGCUACAGCCGCGACGUGCACCCGGCGUUCAGCGAGUUCCUCAUCAACACCUACGGAAUCCUGAAGCAGCGGCCCGACCUGCGCGCCAACCCCCUGCACAGCAGCCCGGCCGCGCUGCGCAAGCUGGUCAUCGACGUGGUGCCCCCCAAGUUCCUGGGCGACUCGCUGCUGCUGCUCAACUGCCUGUGCGAGCUCUCCAAGGAGGACAGCAAGCCACUCUUCGCCUGGCGAUUUGCUGGGCUGGAGGACAGGGCCAGGUCUUGGCCUUGGCACCGUCCUGGGUCACGAGUGGAUGGUUCCGGUCACUCUGCUGUGGUGUGAGGAUGAAGGUGUCAGCCCAGUGUGGGCAACCCUCGCAGCCAGCAUGUUCCGAUGCCCCGCACCUGUAGGUGUGUGCCGCUGCCAUCACAAAGUACCGCGGACCCAGCAGCUUAAACCACAGAAAUUUAUUCUGUCGAAGUCCUGAAGGCCCAGAGUACAAGAUCAAAGCAUCCGCAGAUUCUGUUUGUCUGAGGCCUCUCUGCUGGGUGCAGGCGGCCGCCUCCCUGCUUGGUCCUCCUGGCCCUUUCUCUGAGUGCAUCCCUCGUGCCUCUCCCUCUUCUCACCACCCUGUCCGUCUCCACAUCCAAUCCAGUCUGCCAUGCUGGGGGUCAGGCCUUCAGCAGAUGGUUUCUCGAGGGGAUGCAGUGCAGCCCUCAACAGACCCCAUCCUCCCCUCCCGGCCUCCACACAGCCCUGGCCCCA